GGUGCCCCGGCGUCGUCGGGCCCUCGUAGGCGCCCCCCCUCGUCUUCAGGGGCCGCCUCGCCGUCCUCGUCCCCGAGGGAGCCGCCCCUUUGCUCCUCGCCUCGCCGCGGCCGGGCUGCAAGGUAAGUGCUGUCUGGGAGGGUGUCAGGGAUGUCGUCGUCUUCGUCGACCGUGGUCUAUGAGGGGUGGAUGGUCCGGCGUGGCCGCCGCAAGAUCGGCCGCUCCUUUAUCCACAUGCGCUACUUUGUGCUGGAGACCCGGCUUCUCUCGUAUUUCAAGCGCAAGCCUCAGCACAAGAUGCCCAAGCUCCCCAUCAAGUCCCUCCACAUCGAUGGCAACUGCAGGGUCGAGGACAGGGGCCUCAAGAUGCACCAUGGCCAUAUGCUUUAUGUCUUAAGUGUCUACAACAAAAGGGAGAAGCACCAUCGCAUCACGAUGGCGGCAUUCAAUAUCCAGGAGGCUCUAAUCUGGAAGGAGAAAAUUGAGAUGGUCAUCGAUCAGCAACAAGGUGUAGUGUCGCCCGAUGGUAAUACAGCCUUUAGCUCAUCGCAGCAAAAUGCUGGUGUAGAAAAUGGAAGGAAAUCUUCUUCCUCUGAUCGUGACAGUCAGUAUAGUCAUGAAGAGGAAGAAGAGGAGGAGGACAAUCACCGAUCAUUGAUGCGAAGAACAACAAUUGGGAAUGGUCCUCCGGAAUCAUUGCAUGAUUGGACUCGUGGAAACGAUACAGGAAUAUCUGAUCAGGGAAGCCCUGCCCAAGUUUUCUCUAGAGGACACUGGCGCCUUGUCAGAUGCCAGAAUGGUCUCCGCAUUUUUGAGGAGCUCCAGGAUGUUGAUUACCUUGCAAGGAGCUGUAGCAGAGCAAUGAAGGCUGUUGGAGUUGUUGAGGCUUCGUGUGAGGCUAUAUUUCAGCUUGUGAUGAGCAUGGACACCACCCGCUUUGAGUGGGACUGCAGUUUCCAGUAUGGCAGUCUAGUGGAGGAGGUCGAUGGCCACACAGCAAUACUGUACCAUAGGCUACAACUGGAUUGGUUUUCAGCAUUUACUUGGCCUCGUGAUCUUUGUUAUGUACGAUAUUGGCGGCGUAAUGACGAUGGAAGUUAUGUUGUGCUAUUUCAAUCAAGAGAGCACCCAAACUGUGGUCCACAACCAGGAUUUGUUAGGGCACACAUUGAGAGUGGUGGUUUCAACAUUUCUCCACUGAAAUCCCGUAAUGGGAGAGUCCGAACACAAGUACAGCAUCUUAUGCAGAUUGAUUUGAAGGGUUGGGGGGUUGGCUACUUACCUUCAUUUCAACAACAUAGCCUCCUUCAUAUGUUGAACAGCGUUGCCGGGCUCAGGGAAUGGUUUUCACAAAGUGAUGAAAGUCAAAUACUUCCUAGGAUUCCUGUUAUGGACAAUAUGGCCCUAUCGGUUUCUUCUAAGAAAGGCACAAAAACACAGGAUAAUACUGUGCAAACCAGCCUUCCGGCGGAUGAAAGUAGACAUUCAACGGUUGAGGAGGAGUCUGACGAAGAUGAAGAAUUCCAGUUACCUGAAUCUGAGCUAGAGCCAUCAACUCGUGAGCUCGAUGCAGAUGGUAAACUACUAGGGUUGGAUGAGGAAGAUUCAGGUGAGAUUGAUUUUUCUGGAUUUUCUGGAAAUUUACGCCGGGAUGACCGUGAUAACAGUCGUGAUUGUUGGAGAAUAUCUGAUGGAAAUAACUUCAGAGUGCGAAGCAAGAACUUCAUAUAUGAUAAAAGCAAGGUUCCUGCUGGAAAGCCUCUUAUGGAGCUUGUUGCUGUUGACUGGUUUAAAGACGUGAAACGAAUGGAUCAUGUUGCUAAAAGAAAAGGAUGCGCUGUUCAAGUUGCUGCCGAGAAGGGUCUUUUUUCAUUGGCAAUAAAUCUACAAGUUCCUGGCACAACGAACUAUAGUAUGGUUUUCUACUUUGUAUCAAAGAAACUGAUACCGAACUCCUUGUUGCAACGUUUUGUUGAUGGCGAUGAUGAAUUCCGCAAUAGUAGGUUCAAGCUGAUCCCAUCUGUACCGAAGGGCUCAUGGAUUGUCCGCCAAAGUGUUGGCAGCACACCGUGUCUCCUGGGCAAAGCAGUUGACAUCACCUAUAUCCGUGGUGCAAAUUAUUUGGAAAUAGAUGUGGACAUAGGUUCGUCUACGGUGGCAAAUGGAGUCUUGGGGCUUGUGUGUGGCGUGAUCACGACGCUAGUUGUGGACAUGGCUUUUCUUGUCCAGGGCCACACAUACGAGGAGCUCCCGGAACGACUGAUCGGUGCCGUUCGGAUGUCGCACAUAGAACUAUCAUCUGCGGUUGUUCCUGUGCUUGAGGAUUAACCAAAUUACACUACUAUUGCUCAUUUGGUCCAAGUGAUGCUUGCAACGUCGGCAUCCAUCUCCUCUAUUUCAGUCUUGACAAGACACAGUAGGGUAUACAUAUAUACAGGCAGGGAACCAAGGGUUGGCGCUCGUGCCAUGCCAACGACAUACUGAACGCGGAGAAGCAAUUAAUUUUUAUGUGUAUGUAAUUAUGUAUUGCACAUCAUAAUUCGGUGAUGUGAUGGCAAUCUCGUAGGUGUUAGAAUUGUGUCAGCAAAGAAAAAAAGAAGAUACCGAAAUUAGGGCUAGGAGACUGGGCGAGGCCCAGGUGAGGGCCAGUUCAGCGCGAAUAAAAAAGCCAUGUGUUUGCUUUGUUUGGAACUUGUAGGAAAGGGGCUGAGAUGACAGUUCCAAGUUCAAAGUUGAAACCACACAAGCCAUUGUUCAUGUACUAAUAUGUAACUUGAGACUGCAAUAUAAGAUCGUGCCACUGAUUUGCAGGA